GUGUUGCAGAAAAAGAGAGACGGUAGAAAUUAGGUCUUUCUAAUAAAUUAUUCCUCCAACUCCGGCGGCGGCCCCUGCGGUGGCGGCAGCGCCGGGGCCCAUAGAUCGGAAGCAACCGCCGCGGUUUAUCUUGAAUCUGGGGAAGAUUUGAGAGAGGAUGGCUAAUCUUGCCAACAUGUUUGCUGUCCUUGACCUGGAUGGCGAGGACGAUCGAAAGGAAGUGGAACAACAAACAUCCACCAAGCCAGAAGCUGCUGCUGCUGCUGCUGCCGCCAGGAAACUCGAUACUGGCAUGGUGAAUAACAAAAUGAUUGUAAAUUACGAUGGGGAUAAACUUGGUUCAUCUUCAAGUGAAUACAAGAUGCCACUGGUGUGGAUUGACUUGGAAAUGACCGGUUUAGAUAUCAGGAAAGACCGCAUACUGGAGAUUGCUUGUAUUAUAACAGAUGGUAAACUUACUAAACGGAUAGAGGGUCCUGAUUUGGUUAUAAGACAGAGCAAGGAAUGCUUAGACAACAUGAAUGAAUGGUGUAAAACCCAUCAUGGUGCCAGUGGACUGACAGAACAAGUACAGCAGAGUGACAUUUCUGAGUGUGAUGCUGAGAAACAGACCCAUUGCUAUCUUCAGACGUGUCAGGUGCUAGACUUUGUUAGGAGGUAUAUUGGUUCAGCGACUCCAUUGAUUGCUGGGAAUUCUAUCUAUACAGAUUUACUAUUUUUGAAGGAGUAUAUGCCACAGCUUGCAGGCAUAUUCCCUCAUGUGAUAGUUGAUGUGAGCAGCAUAACGGCUCUGUGCAUCCGCUGGUUCCCCAAGGAAAGGAAGCAAGCUCCAAGAAAGGAGAAAAACCACAGGGCACUGGACGACAUCAGAGAGAGCAUCAUGGAGCUGCAGUACUACAAGGAGAACAUCUUCAAAUCACGGCAGUCUAAGCAUUAGCCUGUUGGGACUCAUUAGCUUUGUUGUUUCUUGGGAUGAAAAUGUUCCCUGGUGUAUGAUCCUUCCAUAGAUUUCAUGAUGCUUAAAUGGUCACGUGCCUUUGGAGCAACGCCAAGUUUGUAGUCACAUAGGGUCUGUGUGGUUGGUGGCCAACUUUGUUAUAGGUUGCCACUUGUUUUCGUCACACGUCCCUUAUCGUAAGUGCUCAAGUUCUUAGCGACACUUUGGCUUGCCUUAGAAAAUAUUGUCACAUUUUGUGUGUGUGUGUGUGUGACACGUGGGACCUAUUUUCUACAAAAAGAAUCUUAUUUUAGGUGUGGCUAGAACCAAACACCAACCUAACUUGAUCAGACCAAUCAAGGAUGUAGGCCCUCAGACGGCGUAUAAAUCUUUCCCUAAUAAUAAUUGGAGUGCUUCUGUCGUGAAA